AUGCUAUCAAGGGUAAACAAGACACACGACGUUACCUUGUGGAAGAAGUUACAUUCUCUCACAAGGAAGUCACUCUCUACAACGACGCUAUUAAGACAAGAAGCUCCUCCCUCGAGUCAGGAACAUCUCUCAGGAACGUCAUCAUUUAAAACAGUCUCUUUCUUAUCUACUGAUGAAAAACAUCAUAAGACUAAGAAGUCGGUUGUCAUUUUAGGUUCAGGUUGGGGCGCUAUCUCGUUCCUGAAGAAUAUCGACGCUACAAAAUAUGAUGUUUCGAUUAUCUCUCCAAGAAAUUAUUUCUUAUUCACUCCAUUAUUGCCUUCAACUCCAGCCGGUACAGUUGAUGAAAAAUCAAUUAUUGAGCCAGUGAUUAAUUUUGCUUCAAAGAAAAAGGGUUCCAUCACAUACAUAGAGGCAGAAGCUAAAGCAAUCAAUCCAGACAGAAAUACUGUCACUGUGGAUUCGAUGACAACGGUGGCUACAUUGAAGGCUAAGGAUUCAAGCUCCCAUGACUCAGUGGCAGGUUUGAAAAGAGCAGAACCAUUUGAAGUUAAAUACGACUAUUUGAUCACGGCAGUGGGUGCUGAACCAAACACUUUCGGUGUUAAAGGUGUAGAAGAAUAUGGACAUUUCUUAAAAGAAAUACCAAAUUCAUUAGAAAUUAGAAGGAAAUUCGCUGAAAAUAUAGAAAAGGCCAACUUAUUGCCAAAGGGUGAUCCAGAGAGAAAAAGAUUAUUAUCCAUUGUAGUUGUGGGUGGUGGUCCAACCGGUGUGGAAACUGCAGGUGAAUUGCAAGAUUACGUCUCACAAGAUUUGAAAAAAUUCUUACCUUCCCUAGCUGAAGAAGUACAAAUUCAUUUGGUCGAAGCAUUACCUGUCGUUUUGAAUAUGUUUGAGAAGAAAUUGUCUUCUUAUGCACAAUCAGUUUUGGAAAAGACUACAAUCAAAUUACAUUUGAAAACUGCAGUAGGUAAAGUAGAAAAGGAUCAUUUGAUCGCAAAGACAAAAAAACCUGAUGGCACUGUAGAAGAACAAAAAAUAGGUUAUGGUACUUUGAUUUGGGCUACAGGUAAUAAAGCUAGACCAGUGGUUACUGAUCUAUUUACAAAAAUUCCUGAACAAAAUCAAUCUACAAGAGCUUUGAACGUUAACCAAUUCUUACAAGUAAAAGGUUCCAAAAAUAUUUUCGCCAUUGGUGACAACGCUUUCUGUGGUCUACCACCAACUGCUCAAGUUGCUCAUCAACAAGCUGAAUAUUUAUGUAAGAAUUUCGAUAAGAUGGAGAAAAUUGAUGGAUUCCAUAACACGUUGUUAAAAAAGACAGAGAAAUUUGAUUUGCCAUUCGAAGAAAAUGGAUUUAAACCAUUUAACUAUAUUCAUUUAGGUGCUUUGGCUUACUUAGGUUCUGAAAGAGCUAUUGCAAAUAUAACCUACGGUAAACGUUCUUUCUACACUGGCGGUGGUUUAAUCACCUUCUAUGUUUGGAGAAUUUUAUACUUAUCAAUGAUUCUAUCUGCUAGAUCAAGAUUUAAGGUUAUUUCCGACUGGUUGAAAUUAACUUUCUUUAAGAGAGAUUUCUUCAAAGGUCUAUAG